AUGACUCAAGAUUAUACAGUAUUAGCAGAUAAUUCACAAAUUGAAAAACCAAUAAAUGAUGAUAGACAGUACAGAUUUAUAAAAUUAAAUUCAAAUGAUUUAACCGUAUUAUUAAUUAAUGAUUCAACAGCAGAUAAAUCAGCAGCUUCAUUAGAUGUAAACGUUGGUUCAUUUGCUGAUAAACAAUAUGGAAUCCCUGGUCUUGCUCAUUUUUGUGAACAUUUAUUAUUCAUGGGUACGAAAAAGUACCCUCUGGAAAAUGAUUAUCAAUCUUAUUUAUCUAAACACAGUGGUUCCAGUAACGCAUAUACUUCAUCCGAACAUACAAAUUAUUAUUUUCAAAUUAGCUCUGAUUUUUUAGAAGGUGCAUUAGAUCGAUUUUCACAAUUUUUUAUAAAUCCAUUAUUUUCACAAUCUUGUCAAGAUAGAGAAAUAAAAGCGGUUGAUUCAGAAAAUAAAAAAAACUUACAAAAUGAUGAUUGGAGAUUUUAUCAAUUGGAUAAGAGUAAUUCUAAUGCAUCACAUCCUUAUAAUGGAUUUUCAACUGGUAAUUAUAAAACAUUACAUGAAGAACCAAUAAGUCAUGGUAUAAAUGUAAGAGACAUGUUAUUACGAUUUUAUAAAGAUCAUUAUAGCUCAAAUUUAAUGAGUUUAGUAAUAUUAGGUAAAGAAGAUAUUGAUAAUUUAACAGCAAUGGCAAUUGAAAAAUUCUCAGCCAUUCCUAAUUCAAAUUUUAAUAGACCAAAUUUUAAUGGAGAGUUAAUUUACCCUGAAAUACAUUUGAAAAAAUUAACAAGAGCUAAACCGGUUAAAGAUUCUCAUUCAAUGGAAUUGAAUUUUAUGAUACCUGAUGAUUUGGAAGAUAAAUGGGAUACUAAACCACAAUCAUAUUUUUCACAUUUAAUAGGACAUGAAUCGGAGGGAUCCAUUGUACAUUUAUUGAAAAAGAAAGGUUGGGUUACUGAAUUAUCUUCUGGAAUGAUGAAAGUAUGUCAAGGUAAUUCAUUAUUCAUAAUUGAUAUCAAUUUAACACCGGAGGGAUUUAAUAAUUGGGAAAAUAUAAUUGAAAUUGUAUUUAAUUAUCUUGCAUUGAUAUUGAAUGAUGAGCCUAAACAAUGGAUAUUUGAUGAGAUUCAAGAAAUGUCAUUGAUUAAUUUCAAAUUCAAACAGAAAACAGAUACAAGUUCAACAGUUUCGAAGUUCUCCAACAUCCUAUAUAAGUUUAGACAAUUCAUACCAGGGGAGAAUUUAUUAAAUCAUACAGUGUUAAGAAAAUUCAACCCAGAAGUGAUCAAAAAAUUUGGUUCAUUUUUAAAUAAAAACAAUUUUAGAAUAUUUCUCGUAUCUCAAUCAUUCAGUGAUCUAACUAAGACUGAAAAAUGGUAUGGUACAGAAUACGAAUAUGAGAAUUUUCCAGACUUACUCAAUGAAAAGCUAAAUAACAUCCUGACUAAUACCUUUCCAGAGUUACAUUAUCCUAAACCUAACGAUUUCAUACCUUUCAAUUUUGAAAUUAGUCAAAAGAAAGUCGAACUCCCACAAACAUAUCCUUUUUUAAUUGAACAUAAUAAUAAAUUGAAUGUAUGGUAUAAACAAGAUGAUACAUUUGAGAUUCCGAAGGGUACAAUUGAAUUAGUUUUCCAUUUACCUAAUUCAAAUUAUGAUGUUAAAUCAAGCACCAUUUCAUUAUUAAUUUCAGAAUUAUUAAAUGAUGAAUUGAAUGAAAUUACUUAUUAUGCAAGUCUCGUUGGAUUACAUGUAAAUAUAAAUUGUUGGAGAGAUGGAUUUACAAUUAGAUGUUCGGGGUAUAACCAUAAAUUGCCAAUAUUGUUAGAACAAGUAAUUAAAAAAUUCCUCAAUUUUAAACCUGAUGUUUCAAGAUUUGAAUCGAAUAAGUUUAAAUUAAGUAGGGAAUUUAAAAAUUUUGCAUUUUAUUCACCUUAUCAACAAAUUGGAACUUAUUUCUUACAAUUAAUAAAUGAGAAAGUAUAUACAUUUGAAGAUAAAUUGAAAAUAUUAAAUGAGUUGACAUUUGAUGAAGUUGAAAAAUUUAAUUCACAGUUAUUUGAAGGUGGAAUUUUCAGUGAGGUGUUAAUUCAUGGAAAUUUUGAUACUAUUUCAGCAAAUAAUAUAAAGAAAAUAAUUGGAAGAUCGAUUGAUCAUAUUCCUGCAUUUAUGGCAAAAUACGAAGAGUCAGCAUUUCAUUUACAAAACUACAUACUUAAUCCAAAUGAAAUCAUCAGAUUUGAAAUGCCAGUUAAAGAUUCACAAAACCUAAAUUCUUGUAUUGAAUAUUAUAUCCAGGUCUCAACUAUUCAUAAUUUAAAACUUAGGGUUCUUAUUGAUUUGUUAUCUACGAUUAUUCGAGAACCUUGCUUUGAUCAAUUAAGAACAAAAGAACAAUUAGGUUAUGUUGUGUUUUCAGGGACAAAAAUCUCAAGAACAUCAAUUGGAUUCAGAAUAUUAAUUCAAUCCGAAAAAUCUACAAAUUAUUUAGAAUCAAGAAUUGAGAACUUCUUAACCACAUUUGAAAAAUACAUAACUACAGAUUUGUCCGAUGAUGACUUUAACAAGUUUAAAAAUGCUUUACGAGCUCAAAAAUUACAAAAGUUGAAACAUUUAGGUGAGGAGACAAAUCGUAUUUGGAAUUCAAUCGUUGAUGGAUAUUACGAUUUUGAAGGUAGGACAAGACAAGUAGAACAAUUAGAAACAAUUACAAAAACUGAUUUUAUUGAAUUUUUUAAAAGAAUGGAAGGUAAAUCUAAGUUAAUUUUGAAUUUAAAUUCACAGAGAGUUGAACAAACUCAAGCUAAUACUGGUAAAUUAUAUACUAGUAUCGAAGACUUUCAUGAUGAUCAUGAAUUGGGUGGUGUUCCCAAACCUGUUGCUCCUUUGAGUAAAUUUAUUUAUGAUAAUUCACAUUUAUAG